AUGAUCGAAGGUGAUUCUAUGCCUCUUGAAAUACACAAUGACAUGAGUGUCAGGGUGUAUGUUGAACUAAAGAAAGAUAGUUGGCAGUUCGGGAUGUAUCCUCUAUGUAUCACUACAACUGAUAAUGUGAGUGAAUAUAUUAUGUCGAGUGAAAGUGUUGUUGAAGGUGAAAUACCGCAAAUAGAAUACAAUCAUCAAUUACAGAUUAUGAAUACAGAUGAUUCGAUAGCACUGGUAGCAUCAACUUCUGGUCAGCCAAUAGUUUUGUACAAUGAUUUCAUCAUUUCAAAUCGUAAUCAAAAGGAGAUAAUGGUAAAUCAAGUAUACAGUGAUAAGGAUACUUUGAAGGUUGUGAUAACGAAAUAUGCAAUUGACAAUAGGUUUCAAUUCCGUACAGAGAAUUCAAAUUCUAUAAGCUAUACAAUUGCAUAUCGUGCUAAAGAAAAGGCUAUGACUGAGUUGAGGGGAGAGCCAGCAGAUUUAUACAAGAAGUUACCUGCAUACGUAUAUAUUUUGGAUAAAACAUACCCAGGUUCUCAUAUAAGAAUGCACAAAUCGCCUGAAAACGAGUUCUUGUAUCUGUUCGUAGCACUGUAUGCGUUUAUAAAAGGAUUCGACUGUUGUCGACCCAUCGUGGUUGUAGACGGCAGCCACCUCAAACAAGAAUACACAGGUACAUUUGUUUCGGCAAGAACAUUGGAUGGUGCAGGGAAUAUACUGCCUCUAGCAUAUGGCGUGAUAGAUUCAGAAAAUGAUAAGUCUUGGUCAUGGUUCUUUCAACGGUUCAGGGAAGCGUAUGGGGUAAGGGAUAACAUGUGUAUUGUAUCUGAUAGACAUGAAAGCAUCAUCAAGGCUGUAUGUAGAAUUUAUCCUAAUGUUCCGCAUUUAGCAUGCAUAUGGCAUCUUUGGAAGAAUGUAUACAAUAGAUAUAGGAAGAGUCAUGAAGUGUUGAGUGGGGUGUACUAUAAAUUGGCAAAAGCAUACGCGCAAAAUGACUUUGAUAUGCUAAUGGAAAAGGUUGAGAAGGAGGAUAUUCGUGUGAAGGAGUAUUUGGAAUUAGCUGGAAGAGAAAAGUGGGCUAGGCUCUAUUGUCCAGUUAAUCGAGCAUGGACAUUGACAUCAAAUAUUGCUGAGUCCAUCAAUGCGGCAUUUCUAUCUACUAGAGAAUUGCCAAUUUAUGAUUUUCUGGAAGAAGUUAGGUUAAUGUAUGGACGGUGGAAUUGCACCAACCGACAGAAUGGUUCUUACACAUUCACAACACUUGGGAAAAAAAUUCAAGAGUUCCUAUCCAUCAAUGAACAUAAAUCUACGCGCAUGAGGUUGCAAAAUGUUCCAAAUGGAUGGGAUACCUUGCCCCCAUCCUUAGGCUGUUCUUAA